CAACAUACGAUAUAAAUAUUUUUAUAACACGGUUAGACUCUAUAGAUGACUGCAAAUAUUUCCUGGCAUAAAUAAUGCUUUUACACCGCUUACUUCAGCCCACCCUAAAAUGGCGUUUACUCUGUGAACGGCGACACUAUGAGCACAGUCACAAGGAUUAAGUGAUGAUUUUAGUCACAUUAGUAUGGAAAUAUAUCUAAAUUAUAGUGUAAUUAUGUUCGGAGUUUUCUUUUUGUAAAAUUGUUAAGAUCUCAAGGCAGCAAUUUGAAAGAAUUCAGACCACAAAAUGAAGGAAUAUAAAGUAGUUGUGUUGGGGAGUGGAGGAGUUGGCAAAAGUGCCUUGACGGUCAAAUUUGUAUCUGGGACUUUCAUGGAAAAGUAUGAUCCUACUAUAGAAGAUUUUUAUAGAAAAGAAAUUGAAGUCGACUCAGCGCCUUCUGUUUUGGAGAUUCUUGAUACUGCAGGAACAGAGCAGUUUGCUUCAAUGAGAGAUUUGUAUAUUAAAAAUGGUCAGGGGUUUGUUAUAGUGUACAGCAUUACCAGUAUACAAACAUUUCAAGACAUUAAAACCAUGAAAGAUCAAAUACAGAGAGUGAAAGGGAUUGACAGGAUUCCCAUGAUCCUCGUAGGCAACAAGUCGGAUUUAGACAGCCAGAGGGAGGUGUCCUCCUCUGAAGGGGCUUGUCUUGCUCAGCACUGGGGCUGCCCUUUCCUUGAAACCUCCGCCAAAAGUACAAAUAAUGUGAACGAGGUGUUUAUAGAAAUAGUGAGAGAAAUGAACUCUACCCCCUUGAAAGAUAACAAAGGCUGCUGCACAGUUCUUUAAAACUUGACUUGGAUAUUUUGUAGGAUAAACUAUUGCUGUGAUGAAUUGUAAGGUUUUAAAGCACAAUAAAGGUGAACAACUCAAACAAAAAAAAAAGGCAAAGCAAUCGACAAGAGUUCUCUCCUAAUGACUGCCGUACACAGAACAGAGACUAGCUGGCCUGGUGCUUAUUAUUGACUUUUUUUGUUAGCUUGCCAGAUUGGAUUAUGUUAACCAUCUUCCUGACCCUUGUAAAAAAAAACAAAAAACUUGUAUCUACAAUUAUGAACACAUUCAAACUUCUCUAAAUGAUACUCAGUGUAAAUAUUGUGUCAGCCAUGUGUCCAGCAACUCACAUGUUUUGUGGGAGAGAAUUACUUUCAGCAUAAUGUUAGGCAUCUCUUAAUGGUAAUGGUGUUGACCAAAGGUGCUAGAUGUCAGACUGAAUGAGACUUAAGCAACUGUACUAUUAGAAAUAUCCCACAACUAACUAAUUUUGAAGGAUUUUAUCUUAGAAGCAAGUCAAUUCAAGAAUAUUUUUUUUAAAUUAGAGAGUGAAGAUGUUUUUAAAGGGAGAUAAAUCAUGAAACCGAAUUAAUUCCUUUACAUAUAUAUUGAUACAAGUAAAGAUAUUGGAAUACAUUGAGUCACUUGCCAAGCGCUAAGGUGGGUGAAGACAUUCGGCAUUAAACUUCAGGAUUGUUGUGGAUCUGUUACAUUGUCUUUUUCCCCAAAAUUUGACCACACGAGUUGCAUCCACUUGAAAGAAUGGGUGCCUGACCACUUAGUUUGUUCAAUAAUAAUUAUUCAGCUGUCAAAAACAAAAAUACUUUUUCUUCUUUUGACCUUUUAAUAAAAAUAAUAUUUGGAACUAAGACUUUCUGUAGAGCUUUGAUGCAAGGUGAAAGGGAAUGGUGAAAAGCAGGAAAGUCAAUAGAUUAGCUUGGACUAUGACAAUGCUGAGCAGAACAGAAAACUUUGGAAAAUGCUGGCCUCCCCCUGCAUCUAGCAUUGCAAAAUCAGCUAACCAGCUACCUGCCAGAUAUCAGCUAAAAUUGAAAAUGUAUAGUGAAAGUAGCCAUUGCUUUGCUUCAAAGAGAUUUGAUUGUCUGCUAGUUCAAAUAGAUCAUAGAGUCAAAUGAAAAAGUAAGAAGGAUUUCAGGAACUAAUUUUUUUUUGUUUCUUCUUGUAGUCCCAGAGUUUGUUCAUUUUCGGUGACUUGAUCAGUAUUGGUCCAGUCUGUUGGCUUGCAUGAUUGAUCAGUGUAUGUUUGAUUGGUAUGCUGGUGUAUAUAUGUAUGUAUGUACAUUAUUUAGAUUGUAAUUCAGCCCACUCUUUUUGUAAGUUUGUAUUACCAGGUGCCAGGCAGUCAAGGACAAAAGAGAAAACAAAAAAAUAAGUUUUUAAAGGCAUAAUCUAGGUGCAACUGAAGUAGAAUGGCUGUCAAGUUUAGAGAUGCCAUAAAGUGAUGUGUGUGUGUAAAAGUACUGCAUACUACUACUGUUUAGCAUUGCCAUAAAAUAGAGGACUAGCUGUGGUCCCUCUUCAGUUGUUUGACUUUUGACUCUAUUCUGUUUUGAAUGCUAGUCUACUGCCCUAAGACAUAGAGGCUGCCAUCUUCUGUCUGACUUCAUCCUAGUGAAAGAAAUUCAUGCAAUACAAAAACCCUAGUAAAGAGAUGUACAACUGUAAGACUCAAAUGUUUCCUUUUGUUGAUGUCAAUGUGUAAAGAGUGACACUUUGGAACAAUGUUUUUUUAUAUAUAUGAAUUCAAAUAUUUCUUUUGAUCUUGUGCACAGUUCAUUUCAUCUUCUGCUACCAAAACUUGUUAUUGUAGUAAUUAAAUUAUAAUUUAUAUUUUUUUAAAUAAUUGUUUACUUUUGUACAAAACUGAAAUCAAAAGAAUGUAAGUCUUGAUAUGUCUUGCGCCCAAGUUUUACUUGUUGACUGUCAGCCACAGCACAGUCAUAUCUAAACUUAUUGAACUAAAACAUUUUGAACCCUUGAACUUCUGACUAGCUAGUCACGCUAGACUAUAACUUGAGAUUUAUGGAGACUGUAGUGGCCAUGUGUCUCUGUGUGUCAUGAGUCCUGUCUAAUGGAAGCCUAGAUAUACUAAGUUUGAAUGCUAGCUGCACCCAGUACACAAUUGUUUUCUGCAAUCAUUUUCUAAUACUUAAAUCUGGCAGCAGCUUUCAUGGUUUUGUUCUCUUCUUCGUCUGCGGUAUAGAGCCUGUUGCAUCAUGGGAAACAUUACAGCUGCCCAUAGGUCGUGGGUGUUUUCAUACUGAACUAUCAUAGGAAAGAUCAUUUGUCGGAGAAAACUGUAUAAUUUCUACCUUGUUAGGUACAUUUAUGAAUUAGAUCUUUUUCUAUUUUUUGGUUUCACUGUGUCAUCAGUUUGUAGGGAGUGUAUUGAUUAGCUAUAAAUGCAGGUGUCAUAAUAUUUUAUUAAAUUUUUUUUUUGUUUCAUGAAUAAUUUUCCAGUUCUUAUUUUGUAAUUACUGAAUGGAUUUCAUUUUUGAUCACAGUCACCUUCACUCAUUAGCACUUAAGACUAUUUCAGGACUGACUUAGAGAGCAUGUGUUGCAGUUACUGAGUCUUUACCAUGACAGUGUGUCUGUGACUUCUCUUUGCACUAUUUAUUGAUUAGUAUGUCACCUUCCAGUUGAAAAAGUCAGAUCUAGGUUUAUAAAUGAGGAUCAUUAUUGGAGUUUAAAGCUUUAUCAUUCAUUAUGGAUCAGGACCACAUCCAAUUUUUGUAUUUCAUAAUGCUUCUUGUAUCCACUAACCAAUGUUGCCAAUGAUAAGAAAUUCAUGGCAUGGAUCAAGCUGUUUGCUUCAGAUUGCCAACAUAAUGGUUCAACAAGGAUUGUUAUCACACUCUUACCCUACUGUCCUGCAGGAAUAGUUUGUCAUAGUAUAAUCAUCUUCUUUCUGUAACUUCUAAAUCAUAGUCAUAGAUCUAUACCAACCUUGUAAGUUGAAGGUACUGCCAAUCUUACUAAUGUCAAAUCUGCGUCUAUUUUAAUUACAUUUUGUGAUGCACAGCUUACUCAUGAUUGGUCAUCUAUAACUCAACUCCUGGACCAAAGUCAUCUAUAACUCAACUCCUGGACUAUAGUCACCUAUAACUCAACUCCUGGUCUAAACUUUUGUUUCUCUCUCAAGUAAAUGAGUUCGAAGUUUUAUUUCCUAGGUAUAGUAAGUUCAUAUCCAUUCUUAAGAAUUUGCUGAGGGAACAUUUGUAUAAACAAAGGAAAUGACCUUAGAGUAUUUAUUAUGAGAGUGUCACUCCCUAACAUUUGUGUGUCACUACUUGGUGUCAGUGUCUAUUGUCUUGUAAUUGACAUUGGCUGGCAUUAUUCACCAUGUUCCCACUCAGUGUUUAGUAGAUUUGUCUGACUGAUUGUUGCUUGACUUCUUUUUUUUUCUGUAUACAUUUACAUCUUAGCAUGCUGAGCUGGAACACAGGACUCAGAUUCUGAUUCUGUAUGGCAAUAUUUAUUUGACUAUUUUGUUUGCAAUAUACAUUGAGAUGACAGACAUUCUCUGUUAGAAGUCAUUAUGUAAAGAUGUUUCUCCUUUGAUUGACUACAUUCUACUCAUAUAUCUGACUAUAGCAACAAUUUUUGUUUAAAUACAUGUGUAUGAUGUGUAUGAUCACUUUUGUUAAUGUACAUGUCCAAGUGAGACCUCGGCCCGCAGAAGUUACUGGUCAUGUUUUGUAUACUUUACUUUGACACGCUGACCUCAGAGAACUUUCCUAACUAUGGUAUUGUUAUCAAGACCUGGGACCAAACUGAUGCCACCAGCUUAUCAAGCAGUGUAGAGGAAAGAGAGAGGUCACAAUUCUCACAAAUAAGACAUAGGACCUAGUAGCUAAAUUUUCUUUUAGUUUCUACCAUAGACUCUGACUAAUGAAACAUGUUAAUUUCAUAGCCAGUAAAAAGAUAAUUUUAGUCUGGUCUUAAAAUGAUUUUUUUUAAAAAUUAACCAUUAUUAUGAAAAACAAUUAAAAUGCUUUGUUUUUAUUAACGAUUAUUAUGAAAAACAAUUAAAAUGAUUUGUUUUUAUUAACCAUUAUUAUGAAAAACAGUUAAAAUAUUUUUUUGUUAUUUAACAUUAUUAUGAAAAACAGUAAGUCUGGACCCUUGAUUGAAAUUUCAAUUCUGUUCUAGUCAGAUUUUUGUAAUGCUAGGAUUUAAUUUUGAUUUUUUUGUGUAAAACUCAGCAAUAACAGUUGACAUUUUUUGUUAGAAGACUUUAUUUCCUGUAGCUAGUGCCUUAUGUUUGUUUUAAACUCAACUAUGUUACAAUGUUAAGGCAACUUCAGAUAUAUGCUUUACAUUUGAUAUGGCGGCAAUGUCUUUUUUUUUUUUUUAAUAACAGAUUCUCUUUCAUGUAUACUUAUCUUUGGUCUGUGUGUGUGUGUAUGAUUAAUUCAGCUCAGUAAAUGCAGGUCUGAUUGUUGCAUGAAUUAUAAUGUGUAUGAUUAAUUCAGCUCAGUAAGUGCAGGUCUGAUUGUUGCAUGAAUUAUAAUGUGUAUGAUUGAUUCAGCUCAGUAAAUGCAGGUCUGAUUGUUGCAUGAAUUAUGUUUUUUUUUAACUGUUUGCCCAUUGUUUAUCAUUUUAUUCAACUGGUGACCCCCAGGUCAUAAUUACUCUGUAUGACGCAGGCCUGUUAAGUCAACUAUGUAUGAACUUUUGAACUUCAUUCGGAAUUGAAACCAAAUGUCUUUUGAUAACUAUUUGAUUUCUAUGCUACUUGAUGUAAAUACAAACUUGUAGACUUGAAAAUCA